AUGGAUAACAAUACUACUUUAAAUUUUUUAAAUUUUAAUGAUCCUCCUUCAAAUGAUAUUCUUACAUCAAAUAUUUCUGGAAAUUCUAGAAAUACAAAUAUACCAUCAUCACAAAAUAAUGGUUUUAAUAUUGAUGAUAAAGGAAAAAAGACAACAUAUUUAGAUGCAAUUCAAAAUUAUUUUAAUAUUGAUACAAAUAUGUUUUUAAAUCGAUUAUAUUGUUCUGUUUUUCCAUUUAAAAAAUCAAAUUUUAUUGUGGAUGUAAUUGAAAAUAGUCCUGAUAUUUAUGGACCAUUGUGGAUACUUUUAACAUUAGUUCUUUGUAUUGGUGUUACUAAUAGUCUUGUUCAUUUUUUUAAUAGUUAUGGUGAACAGUCAGCUGAAGUAGAUUUUGGAAUGGUAUCGGCUGUCUUUACAUUAUUUUCUAUUUAUAAUAGUGCAUCAAUUAAUUAUACAUAUAUGGAAAUUUUAUGUACAUAUGGAUAUAAUCUUACAAUUUUGGUACCUAUUUCAAUUUUAUAUCAUUUUAAUUUUUCAUUUUGGAGGAUAUCAUUAAUUAUUAUUAGUGUUGUUAUAACAUUUACCAUUUUAUAUGGUACAUUUUGGCCUGCAUUAAAAAAUUUUGAAAAAAAAAAUGAAGCAUUAAUAGUUAUGGCAUUAAUUUUAAUUUUACAAUUUGCUGUUAUAACAUUAUUAAAAGUAUAUUAUUUAGAUACUUUAUCACCAAUCAAAAUACCAAAUGAUAAUUCACAGAUAAACCAAAUAUUUUAA